AAUAGGGCCUCUAAUCAAUAAUGCCACAAUCUGCAUUUCCGGCUUCACGACAGGAUUUUGUUGCCAAAGUCAGGUAUUUGAAUGAUCUCCCUCCACCGCCAUGUCCCCCGAAAAUGGUAGAGCUAGAGUCAUCAUUGGAAGGUGACCCUUUAACGGCCUCCUCGCUUCUUUCCUCAGUUUUCCGCAAAGAUCACUUUAGUAACUUAGUGACUCUGGAUGACGAUUUGGGAUUACAUUUGAGUUUGCUAGACAACCCCAAAUGUAUUGAAGAAAAUACGUUGUCAUCAAUAUCUGCACUAUCACCAGAGUUUGGAAAUAGCUCUAUGCUUCAUCCCGAAGACAGAAUUUUACUGACAGAUCCAACAAGAACCGUUGCUUCUAAAGAAGAUAGCGUCAGUUUCUUGCGCAGGACUCAAUACAUUUCUUCCGACAGGACAUCCGCCCAUAUGCCCUCAUAUUCGGAUUCAUCCUUGUCCAAGUUCCGAAUGAGAAAGCGGGAGGACUUUGAUGCUAAAUCUGAGCUUCGAAGAGUUGAAAGGAUGUUUGCUGAUAGUGAAAAACAUGAGAACGCUCGAGAAUUGCUACAUCCAUCAAAAAAUAAUUUAAAAGCUAAAAAAGUUUGGAGUUUACUGCCAGACACAUCCAUGCUAGACCAGAGCUUUUAUGACAUAAAGUUUUCAAGCUCAUCUUCUCUUAAGAAAGAGAGAACGAACAAACGGAAAGCUGAAGAGCCGUUGGAUAUCAAAGCGCCGCUUUUUAAAUCAAUUUCUCUUAGUGAAACCACAAAUUUUAUGACGUUGUACACUGCAAAUGAGAACGAUUGUGACCUUGUGAACACCUUGCUCAGAGACACUACAGAAAAUGCCCCAGUUUCGUCUCCAGAGGAAGCCAAACCAUCAAGUGAUAAAAUUUUCACAUAUCGUAAAUUAAGGGAUUACGAUAGCAAUUCGAGAACGUCCAGUAGUGCUGGAUUAUUUCGCCAACUAUGCAUCACUUUUGAUGAAAAAACUUCAACUGCUCUAUUUGUUCCAAUAAAGGGGAAGAUUGAACUCAAGAAGCGCCGCAUCGACAACAUUAUAGAACCGAAGCUUAGGGCUCUCAGUUACGAUGUGAUCAAUCUCAAUAUCAGAGAGCCAACUAGAACAGAAAUUAAUGAGCGUGAUAUACGCAGAAGUACUUUCGACCCCAUGGAAUUUGGCGCUGACGAAGAGGAAGAAAAUGAGGAAGUUGCGAAGGAGGAAGUUACAGUCGAUGAUACACACCUUGCUUGACGUGAUACAGAUAAAUAGUGUCUGGAUUAGCUUGACGUAAACUUCUUGAUUGAAAGCUAAUACAAUUGACUCACACUAUAACACAUAACCAUGAUAGAAGACCAAAGACCAAUACAAUCGGGUAGACCAUGAGUAGAAUUCGCUUUUCACCAUCAUUAUGAUCAAAAGACGAUUCUCCAGCCAUAUCAUAUAUUAAUGAUGCUGUACCAAUCUUUCGACAGUUAUUGACAAUGGCGAGUAUCAACCAUGAACAUAGAAUAGACCAUAGAAACAUAACGGAAUUUAUAACAAGCCUCAGCAAUUUCCACGAGAUGAAAAUAGAGCUUAACCCACCAAGUACAAUUGGAAAUAGUGUAUAUGAAAGGAUGCUCAUACAUUGAAAAAAUGUUAAGCCUAUAACACCGGAUGUUAGUUGGCCAUUAUCCGUCAUCUGCGAGACGGGGGACACUAGCUGUAUGUUGAGCGACAGCACAGCGAGUAUUAUCCAAAUAAGGGAAAAAGAUGCGCUGAAUAUUUGGGAAGUUUCGGAAGAAUCAGCCCCACCAGAACUCAACGUUUUACUUUGCAAGUAAGUUAUUAUCAGGCUGAAUGAAAGAACGAAUACCAGCGGACCCCAUAAAUCCCAGUCAAGUAUCUUUUGUAUGGUCUCCUUCGAAUAUUCAUUGGCGAUUUCCGUAUUUGGUCUUUCUUCGAAAUUAAUGUCUUGAUUCAAGGAAUCUGUGUUCCCCAUCAUACUUCCUCUUGAGGAAAAAUGCUCACUAACUCUGCGAACGAGCAUGAGUUUCUGUCGCAAUCUAAGCGGCCAUAGAAUAGAAAGUAGCUUAUCUCCAAUACUAGACAAGUCUCUGCCUAACGUGGUGAGCACCGACUCAUCUAAUGUAUUUCCACCACUAAACUGAUUCUCUCUAAUUUUAAUGUUGUUGUUCUCCAAGAUUGGAUCUAAGUAACUCUGAGGUUUGACAAAGCUAGUAAACGUGGAAAAACUGGCAGUGUUAGAUAACUGAGGCUGUGCGGUCUCCACUGACGGCGCAUUGCGGUGGGAGCUAGGUUUUGGGUUUCCUAAAAUUUCCGUUUGAGGGAUAUCAGGUUUGAUCGAUAUAUCAGACUCGUCCUGAUCCAACAUCUUGUCAAAAGUCAAAUUGGCAGGCAUAGUGAAGUUCAGCUUGGAACAACGAAUCUAAGAUGGUAUUUUUAAGAGUCGUAAAU